AUGUACGGAUCAUUCGAACCUUCUCAACAAAACACCAUGUCACGGUACAGAGCUUAUGACAAGGGCGAUGACGUCCCCGUCAUUGAGGAUACGGGCGUUCGCGCUACGUACGCUGGAGAUUCCAGCUCGGCCGACUUCGCCUCUAUCGACCCAGAGACUGGCGUGAAGCGAGGACUGAAGACGAGACACCUCAGCAUGAUGGCCUUGGCAGGCAUCAUCGGUCCAGGUUUACUGAUCGGCGCUGGCGGUGCCCUUUCCAACGGUGGUCCCGCAUCUUUGUUGAUUGGCUUUGGAGUGAUUGGCAUCAUUGCCUUCAGCAUCAUGCAAAGUCUGGGUGAGCUGACAACGCUCUACCCCAGUGGAGGCGCUUUCACUGGACUCGCAGACCGCUUCGUCGACAAGGCAUUCGGAGUCGCGCUUGGGUGGAACUACUACAUCAUUUGGAUGUGCGUGCUCGCCAACGAGUACAAUGUGUUAUCUAGCAUCUUUGUGUUUUGGAGCGACAAGGUGCCAUUGUGGGGAUACUUCCUCAUUUUCUGGUCUGUCUUUCUCGGCUUUCAACUUCUUGGAGUAGAAGCUUUUGGAGAGGCCGAGUUCUGGCUAGCCCUGCUGAAACUCAUUGGCUUGGUCGCUUACUUCCUCUUCUCCAUCGUGUAUGUUGCUGGCGGAAUUCCCGGACAAGACGCCCUCGGCUUCCGCUACUGGCGCGACCCCGGUGCCUUUACCGAUGGCUUUCGCGGCGUGGCCAAAGUCUUCGUGUUUUGCUCAACCUUUUACGCCGGUGUUGAAUCAGUCGCUGUCGCAGCCACGGAGACGAAGAACCCACGCGUUGCCGUCCCCCUUGCGAUCCGUCAAGUUUUCUGGCGGAUCAUCUUCAUCUACAUGGGAUCCGCCUUCUUCUUUGGUCUCACUUGUCCCGCGAACGCCGAUGAACUUGUAAACGGCGGCUCCCGUGCUGUCAAAAGCCCCAUGACUGUCGCCAUCCAGAACGCCGGAUGGGAGGGCGGUGUUCAUCUGAUCAACGCAUUCAUCUUCGUCACCUGCCUGAGCGCCUGCAACAGUUCGAUCUAUAUUGGUUCGCGGACGCUACUUUACAUGGGACAAGACAGCAAGGCGCCCAAAAUCCUGGGGAAAACCGACAGCCGUGGAGUUCCCAUCCCUGCCAUAGUCUUCACCAAUCUGUGCGGCGCUCUAUCAAUGAUGAACAUUAGCACAGGCGCCAGCAAGGCAUACUCAUACAUCGUCAAUCUCAGUGGUGUCUCGACCUUUCUUGUCUGGGGUUCUAUCUCGUUCAUUCACAUCCGCUUCCGCCAAGCAUGGAAGGCUCAAGGGCAUGCCGAGAGCUCUUUGCCGUUCAUCUCCAUGUUUUACCCCUGGAACGCGUACUUUGGACUGGCAGCCAAUGUAUUCUUGGCGAUUGUCCAAGGAUGGACGACCUUGUCGCCAUUUGAUGCCGGCGCCUUUGUUGACGCUUAUAUCUUGUUGCCUCUGUUCCCAUUGAUCUACUUCGGGUACAAGUUUUGGUUCAAAACUCACUUCUGGCGGGCGAGUGAGGUAGACUUGCUUUCUGGUCGGCGUCGGGAUUUGGAUGAGUCUCAUGAGAUUGAGACUGGCGAGUAUGACCUUGACAGGCUUCCUUGGUGGAGACGGGUUCUAAAGAGCUUUUGA